UGAGAGAGAGAGAGAGAGAGAAAGGGGCGGAGAAAAGUUUGAGGAGAGAAAGGCUGCGAUUUCUGAAGGCGGAGGAGCUCCGGCGCGCGCGCCCCGCACCGCAUUGCAUUUGCCCUGUCCGCGCUCCUCGCCUCCGCGCGGCCGCCGGUGCGUGUUCGGUGUUCACGCCGAGGGAAACCGCCUUGAAUCUCGCCAGCCGGUGUCUUGGCGGCGGCGGCGGCGGCGGCGGCGGUUUGGUUUCUGUGUGGUUUUUGGUUCUGUCUAUUUCAGCUGGGAGAAAAUCCCCGGUGCUAGCUGCAGCUGGCUCCUCUGCUGGCUGGCGCUGGUUCAAAGGAGGUUCAGGCUUCAGAUCAGGACGCGGUGGAGGCAGAAAGCUCUUCACCUGAGAUGAUGUAGCAGCCCUUCAUCUCAACUGGUUCUCUAUACAUUAAUCUUGAAGAUGGAACAGAUUUCACUUGGGCAUCGGUACAAGGAGUGCAGGCCACGAAGAAAUAACAGUUCUCCAACUAAAAUACUUGUUGGGAAGGAUCUAUUGAAGGAAUUGGAGCACAGGAGAUCAUCACCUAGUGUGAUUGCAAAAUUGAUGGGGAUUGAUGUAUUGCCACCUGCUUAUGUGACCCGAAAUCGGCACCAAGAAUUCAAGGAUGUCUUUGAAGUGUCAGAGGAACCACAGGAGGUUAUCACAAAAGAGAGGUCCCAUCAUUUCCCUAAAGGAUUGCCAAGCUUGAAGCGAAGCGCAUUAAGGUUAAAAAGGCUUAUGCCAUCGAAGUCUCCAUAUGGCGAUGAAACAUUUGAUAACAAUGUAGUGUGCCGAGAUGGCUUUGAUCACUUGAACUCGCUAGAGAUAAACAAUCCUUUGUUUGAGAAGCGCCCCCACGAUGUGAAUUAUUCCUCAAAGCAUCAAUAUGAGAAAGAUACUGCAAGUAGUUUCAGGAAAUACCCUGUUGGUUUAGGUAAUACUUCACUUAAAGAUAUUAGAAACCCAUCAAGAGAAAGGCAUGGAGAUUUCAACAGCAUUGUUGUUUUGGAGCCAGGCUUAGGGGAAUUCCAAGAUUCAGGGAAAGCCUUUUCCACACCAGACCCCUCUCACGCCAAUAAGAACCUCAGGAGAGAGAUGAAGCAGGCUGAGUUUUCUAUGGUGAACAGAGAGAGGGUUUCACCAAAUAUCUUAGAUACUGAGGAUUUUAAUGUGUCCAGUAUAAAGGGAGAAAGAUACUUAACUAGCAAUGCAGUAGAUUCACUGUUAAAGGAACAGGAGUCAUCAUUUGAUCAUUAUAACACACUGGAUACGAGUAGUACUGGAUCAUUUCAGAAGUGUGUCAGUGGUGAAGUUAACUCCAGACAAAGCAAUAGGUCAUCAUCAAAUAGCUUCCCCAGGAAAAACCGUCAGAAGUAUGCAGAAGGCAGCGUUGGUUCAAAAACUCUUGCAGAGAUGUUUGCCUUAUCUGAUUCGGAGAGACUAAAGAGAGAUUCGGACUCACUCACACAGAUUCGACACAAUAAAGUUAACCGGGGUAACAGCAAUGGCAAGGAAGGAUGUUUUAUAGUUUUGCCGAAGCAUGCACCUCGAUUACAUCCUCACAGUUCGUUGGAGAAGAAUUCCCCUCACAGUAAUUUUUGCUCAAAUACAUCAGUUACUUACAACAGUGGUCAGUCUCACUUUGACUCUUUCUGGGAUAGACCAAGACUGCAACAAAUUGGAAGCCCCAGCCAAGAUAACUUGAGGAAUGCUUGUGUGAAACAUCAGACCUUGGAGCAACAGAGAUCUGCUUCCCCUUCUCAUGAUAACAGAAACCAUUCGCGACGUUUAACUGACAAAUUUUCAACUUUUGAUUGCAUAAAUGAGAAAAUAUUGUUCACAACAGAUGAGGACUUAGUAAAAAAAUCUGCUGAAAAUGUACAUUCUUCAUUUGGAUCACGAUUAUCUGAGGAAGAAAAGGUUUCAGCAUCGCCUUUCAACUGCUGUGACUUUGAAUCGAUAAGUAUUUCUGAUCGUACUUAUGCGGCAAAGUCUCGUAAAAGCUUGAAAGAGGUUGAGCAACCAAGCCCAGUGUCCAUUCUUCAGCCUCCGACUGAUGAAGACAGUUGUUGUUCUGGAUACUUCAAGAAUGACUUGCAAGACAUGCCUAAUGUCGAGAAACUAGUAGAUGACUGUGAGCUCCGAUAUGAACAAGAAGUGUCCUUGUCAAGUGAUGAUGACAGUGGUUCUUCUUACCAGUCUCUGGUAGCGUUUCAGGUUGAGGAGGAAAGGGAUUUCUCGUAUCUCCUUGACAUACUUAUAAGCUCUGGUAUGGUAGUCACUGACUCGCAGCUCUUGUGCAAGUCAUGGCACUUGCCUGGUUUCCCUGUUGGUCCUUAUGUCUUCGACAGGCUUGAGAGGAAGUACAACAAGAUCUCUACAUGGCCGAGACCAGAAAGGAGGCUUCUGUUUGAUCUUGCAAAUUCUGUUCUUUCUGAGAUCCUUGCACCAUGCAAGUCCAGGAGACUGUUCUGUCCUGUGUUGGGUCCUGAAGGACCUGUUGAGGUGGUAUGGCAAACAAUGGUCAGGCAGCAGCAGGAGCUUGUAGUAGGACACCCUGAUGACAAAGUUCUUGAUCCAGAAUGGCUGGAAGUUGGUGAGGACAUCAAUAUGGUGGGAAAGCAGAUAGCCAAGAUGUUACAUGGUGAUCUCUUGGAUGAAAUCAUAUUGGAGUUCCUUACAGGAUGUGUCGCUUCAUGAGGAAACUUAAUUUCAACUUUGUGCUAUUCAUGAAUACUAACAGUUACUCGUUGCAAUGUCAAGCCAUGGUUUUGCCUGAAGAAACUUGAACCACAUUGUGCGGUGCCUGUAACAGCGUGUCAAGUGCACAUAUGUUGCCCUUUCCUGGUCCAUGAUAGAGGCUCUGGCUCUGUUUAACGUUUCAUUACACUUGGGGGCAUAUACAGGCCAAAAAGAUUGUCUAAAAGGACAAGAAGAUGUGUGUACAAUGUGUAGAAAUGUGAUCUUCCAGGAUAUCUUUGCUUGUUGUCGGGGUUUCAAACUGUUCAAAAAUCUUAAGGCAAAUGUGCAGCUCAUGAGUAAACUAACAUCUGAAGUCUGUAAUUUGUUCAGUAUGUAACCUUGCAUUAGCAAAAUAUUUAAACAGGAGAAUAGGUAAAGACCUGACGUGUUUUUCCUCUUUUUGUACCCAUUUUUUGGGGUGCUUUGUUCUCAUGAUUGAUGUACUUACGGCAAUUCAAAGCAAAACAUUGGUUUUGUGUAAAAGCAACAACACAAUACAA